GUGAUUAGAAGAUUUAUUAAUAAGUAGUUAGGAUGCUGCAGCGCCCGGCUGCUUGGGGAAAUCUUCUGGAUCAUGCCGAGGACUUGCGGAAUAUCCUUGAUCCGAUCUGAUAAGAUCAUUUUCCCGGAAAAAAGCAGUCAUCGAUCCCGAUAUUGCUCUCUCUUCUCCAGUUUCUUCUCCCACAACCACCACCAAUUGACCUUCAACUUGUAUUGGUUGGCGUCUAGAAUUGGACUGUGGGCAGCGUUUGCACUUUCUAACCUACAAUAUGGCUUGCCGUAUCGCUGCACAGCGAAUCCGGCCAUGCGCUCGAUCCGCCAGACAAGUCGCGGAGCUUGAGUCACACCAAUGGAGGUAUGCAUCAACGAAGUCAGGGGCAGAGCAGGUCCAGAAUACGAAGCAAACAGCAUCCCAUCAUGAUCCAGCGCCCAACAGCAGCUCCGCAGCCUUCGUGGGCCAGCGAGCUCCCUUCAUGGUCCCAACCUACGUACGACCGACUCCCGUAAUAGAUUCCGGAAAAGGGUGUUAUUUAUGGGACAUGGAGCAACGAAAAUAUCUAGACUUCACAGCUGGAAUUGCCGUUACAUCACUGGGUCAUUCUGAUGCUGGGGUUGCGGAAAUCAUAUCGCAACAGUCUAGGAUGUUAAUUCAUGCAUCCAAUCUCUACCACAACAAAUGGACCGGCACCCUCAGCCAGCUCCUCGUCACCUACACCCUUGAGUCUGGCGCGAUGCGUGGCGCGAAGCAAGCAUUCAUCUGCAACUCUGGCACCGAAGCCAAUGAAGCGGCCAUCAAAUUUGCCCGGAAGGUCGGCCACAGCCUCGACGCGUCCGGUGCUAAGCACGAGUUUGUUUCAUUCUACAAUUCCUUCCAUGGCCGCACCUACGGCUCUCUGUCCGCCACACCAAACCCCAAAUACCAAGCCCCCUUCGGGCCUAUGGUACCUGGCUUCAAAUACGGCAAGUAUAACGAUAUCGCCCAAAUCCCAACUCUCAUCAACGAGAAAACCUGCGGUGUGAUCGUCGAACCUAUCCAGGGCGAAGGUGGCGUGCAUACAGCAACACCUGAAUUCCUUAGUGCCCUUCGCUCUCGCUGCGACGAAGUUGGCGCCAUCCUCAUCUUCGAUGAGAUCCAAUGCGGCCUCUCUCGCACCGGCUCCCUUUGGGCGCACGCACACCCCGUCCUCGAACCAAAAGAUGACUCAUUACCCGCGCACCCAGACAUCCUCACCACAGCCAAGGCGCUAGCCAACGGCGUCCCCAUAGGGGCUACUCUCAUCUCUGAUGCAGUCAGCAAGCAUAUCAAGGCAGGCGACCAUGGCACGACGUUUGGCGGGAACCCGUUGGCUUGUCGUGUGGCACAACACGUGCUGACCCGUCUGGCGUCUAGCGCCUUGCAAUCUGCCGUGCGCUCGCGCGCCGCGACGUUCCGGUCAGGGCUGGAGCAGUUGCGAAAACGAUUCCCAGAAGCUGUUGGGGAUAUUCGCGGGCGCGGGUUGAUUUUGGGGUUGCAGCUUGCGGAUCAGUAUAAGGGGGUGUUCGGAGACAUCGUGACCGAGGCGAGGGAGAGAGGGUUGCUAAUCAUUACGGCUGGUGAGGGGUGUUUGAGAUUCGUGCCGCCGUUGAUUAUCACGGAUGGGGAGAUUAAAGAAGGAUUGGAUAUUUUGGGAGAGGCGAUGGAGCAAGUGUUUGCGAGGGCUGCUUGAGGCUUUUUUUUUUUUUAACAACCGGCAAUUCGUUAUAAAAGGAUUCUUUUCAGGGAUAGAUAAAAAAGGUUUUGGUUCCUUUGUGAAAAUAAUAAUUUCAUCCGGAUUAUUUUAGUAUCUUCUCCUUUAUUCAUCAGAGUAGCAUUACUUUGACUCGUUAGGACGCCGAAACCCGCGUCCCCUGAGUCAUCCAUAGAAUACUACUUACUGGUAUCCCAGAAAUCUUACGGUGUGGCUUUGCUACUAUUAUUACAUAGAAGAGUACAAUAUAACUACAAGCCUUUAUCAGCCAGGAUCGUACGUAGUCUGUUACAUGCAAACCAUUAAUGUAAAUAAUUAUUAGGCCGUUUCUCUGAGAAAACCAACAAAUCUCACGCAAAUUGGCGCGAAAAGAAAAAAAUAAAUAAGAGGCUACCCGUUAGUUACAUUACUCUAAAU